AUUAUGUCCAUAUUUGAGAAGAGAUAAGAAAAGCGGGUGUUGACUUAUAUUUCAGGGCCAUCAAGAAAUGGGGACCUGGAUUUUGUUUGCCUGCCUCUUGGGAGCAGCCUUCUCUAUGCCUCUACCACCUCAUCCUGGGCACCCUGGUUAUAUCAACUUCAGCUAUGAGGUGCUUACCCCCCUGAAGUGGUACCAGAACAUAAUAAGACAUCCGUACCCUUCCUAUGGUUACGAACCCAUGGGUGGAUGGCUGCACCACCAAAUCAUUCCCGUGGUGUCCCAGCAGACUCCCCAGAAUCACGCCCUGCAGCCUCAUCACCACAUCCCCAUGGUGCCAGCUCAGCAGCCCGUGGUCCCCCAGCAACCAAUGAUGCCAGUUCCUGGCCAGCACUCCAUGACUCCAACCCAACACCACCAGCCAAACUUCCCACUGCCCGCCCAGCAGCCCUACCAGCCCCAGCCCGUCCAGCCGCAGCCUCACCAGCCCAUGCAGCCCCAGCCCGUGCACCCCAUCCAGCCCUUGCCGCCACAGCCACCUCUGCCUCCGAUGUUCCCCAUGCAGCCUCUGCCUCCCAUGCUUCCUGACCUGCCUCUGGAAGCUUGGCCAUCAACAGACAAGACCAAGCGGGAGGAAGUGGUGAGUACACCUCGAAGUCACUACAACACAUGUGAAAAUGGUAAAGCAAAAUUGGCCCCCAGAGUUCUAAAUUCUCAAACAAUCCUGGGGCUAGAAUUUCAGUAGCUACAGCUCAAUGAC